AUGUAUGGAUUUAGUCAAGAAAAAGUAAGAAGUAAAUACACGAUGUUCAAACAAAUUCUCAACGAUUUGGACCAUAAAUUACUAACAAAUUUACCAAAAUAUCUACACAAUACAACAGAUAAUGAAAACAGCAAUUCAGAUGAGAGCGAUGAAGAAGUUGAAUUAGAUAGUGCUAUAAAUGUAUGAAGCUUAAUAAAUAUUUUUCAAAUAAAUAAAACUAAUUUGAAACCAGAGUUUGAAAAUUUAUAUUCUAUCAUAAAACUAAGUUUAACACUCCCUACAUCAAGUUUUUCAGUUGAACGCUCGUUUUCAAAAUUAAAGAUUAUUAAAUCGCGAUUGAGGUCAACAAUGGAUCAAAAACGAUUAGAAAAUCUUAUGGUCAUAUCAUGUGAACAUGAUGUAUCAAUUGAUAUUUCUAAGGUCAUUGAUAUAUUUGCUUCAAAAAGUUCUGUUCUUGUCAAAUUGCUAACUUUUUAA